AUGGCCUGGUCAGCAACAGGAAGGAAAUACACUCUGCUGCUCCAGAUCGCAUCCAUUUCUGCUCUCGCUCUAUAUGGCUGUCCUCAAUUUGAUCACCAAAUUUACGCCGCCAAUACCGAGGUGACCAGCUUCAUCUCCAGUGGCAUCAUAUUAGGCGACAUUUUCGGAUCCGCAGUCAUCGCGCCUCUAUCCUGGUCGGUCGGUCGUCGGGUAUCAAUUUUGCUUUCGUGCUGGGUCGCCUUGAUUGGAAUCAUCAUCCAAACCGCCUCCGUGAACUCCACAAUGAUGAUUGUCGGGCGCACCAUUCUAGGUCUCGGAAACGGCGCUAUUUCAGCUGCUGUUCCUGUGUUUGUUCACGAAAGCUCGGUGGGAAGAAAUGCACGCAAUGCCCAUGACCGAACAACUCAAGUUAUGUGGAAUAUAGGAUUAUCCGUCGCUGCAAUCUCUGUGGUAGCCUGGCUUGGAUUGGGAGUUUACAAGAGCCCAUUCUACCACGGAUGGAGAGUAUUGUUGGCGUCUCAGGCUAUCUUUGUUUUGGUACCCAUUAUCAUUUUCCACGGUGUUCUCGAAAGUCCUCGUUGGCUAUAUGCAAAAGGCCGAAUCCAGGAAGGCGACGUGUCCCUGGAACGUCUUUGUGGGAAGUCCGUUUCGGAUCCUACAGUCAAGGCACAACGGGACGAGAUCCUGGCUGCCAUACGCUUGGAAGAGGCAGAUACCCGUAGGAUCACAGCGGCUUCCUUCUUUCGAAAAGACGAAACUGAGACCAAGGUUAUCAAACGCAUAUGGAUUUCUUGGUUGCUCCAGGUUGGAAAGCCUUUCUUCGGCGGAAAUCUGAUUACCUAUUAUGGCAAGUCUAUCAUAUCCACCUUACACUUUUCGGCAGACAUAACAGCGAUCGUAACGGCGGCCCUUAACUCGAUGGUUACCCUGGGUGUCAUUAUAAGUUUCUGGACAGUCCGAAGGUUCGGUCGGAAGCAUAUACUUCUCUUUGGCUCCCUUGUUCAGGUCUCUGCCAUCCUGGUUUUUACUGUCCUCGGCAACCUUCCCGAUCGCAUGACAACAAAUGCGACUCGCUGGGCUCAAAUUGCCAUGCUAUUCUGCGGGUUCCGGAUUGUCAUGGAUUUGGAUGGUAAUAUUGUGCUUACGCAUAUUCCUAUUCCUCCUGAGAUUCCCCCACAGGUGUAUUUGUAUGCCAUCGAGAUUGUUCCCACACGUUAUAGAGGCCAAGCAGGAGGAAUAGGUAAAGGGGAAUUGUCGGUCUUUUCCUCACCAGAUUUUCACGCGCUGUUUUCCGUGCCUGACCAGGUGGAUGUCGAUUCAGUUGUCUUCGUUUACAGUGGACCUAUCGCUAUUCAAAAUGUUGGAAUUAAGUUCUUCGUCUUGUUCAUCCUUGGCGGAUCGAUUGUCACAGUACUUGUCGCCAUAUUCGUCAAGGAGACCAAAGGCCUAACGCUAGAAGAAAUCGAUCUUCUAUGGACGUCUGAGGAAUACCGUAUCCGCAACAAGGAUGCCCAGUUUAUUGGGGACAAUACUAUCAGCAGUGACUCGGAACGCAAGUCCAUUGCUGGUAGUGAAGGUACAGGCUGCACAGCUGAAAAGGUAGUAUAA